UUCAACCAACUACAACAACAUACCCAAACACACCAUAAGUACUCAAUAGCCGAAGUACUAAUAGUACCCUCCUCUCUCUUCUCAAAGUCUUCAUUUUAUCCCAAAACCCCAAAAAAGGCCAAUUCAAUCAAUCAAUCAAUCAAUCAGUCUCCCAAACAGUAAACCUCACUAGAAAACAACACCCUUUCCAAUUCUCACUUCUCCAAGCUCAUCUCUUUCGCUCAGUUUCUUCAUUUUCUCCCCCAAACUCUUCACCAAAACCCAAACAUCUAUCAUGUUCAUGAUGCAUGGAGAAGAAGUUACCGGAAGAACAAGAGAAACCAUGGUCUGUCAACUUGGUGGGUGCUUUUGAAUUUCCUUCCGUUUGGUGAAGUAAACAGAGAUAUACAGAGAGAAGCGGAAUCAAGCUAAGCUAUUUAUUGGAGAUUGUUUUGUUGAAAGGAUAGAAUUCGAAGUUAGAUAUGGACCCGGUAGCAGCACACGGCCGACCACUUCCUCCUCCGUUUCUAACGAGAGACCUUCAUCUAAACCACCCUCAUCAUCAGUUCCAGCACCACACUCACCUCCUCCACCACCAGAAUUCUGAAGACGAGCAGAACAGCCCCGGCCUAAACAACCACUGCGGAAUCAAACGCGACCGGGACGACAACUCCGUCGCCACCACCACCAACUCGAUGGAAGGAAAGGACCAGCUCGGUGGGUCCACCAGCGGAGAAGGCGGUGAGAUCACGAGACGACCUCGUGGCCGACCGGCUGGCUCCAAGAACAAGGCCAAACCCCCCAUCAUCAUCACGCGCGACAGCGCCAACGCUCUAAGGUCUCACGUCAUGGAGGUCGCAAACGGCUGCGAUAUCAUGGACUCAGUCUCCACCUUCGCCCGCCGGAGGCAGAGAGGCGUUUGCAUUCUCAGCGGCAGCGGCACCGUCACAAAUGUAACCCUCCGCCAGCCGGCCUCCCCCGGCGCAGUCGUCACCUUACACGGCAGGUUCGAAAUUCUUUCCCUUUCGGGAUCAUUCCUGCCGCCUCCUGCGCCUCCCGCAGCGUCAGGGCUCACCAUUUACCUAGCUGGCGGUCAGGGGCAGGUCGUCGGGGGCAGCGUCGUAGGACCGCUCCUAGCGUCGGGCCCUGUGGUCAUUAUGGCAGCGAGCUUCGGUAAUGCUGCUUACGAGAGACUGCCGCUCGAGGAGGAGGAAGCCUCGGCAGUGACGCCUAUUCCGGGGAGCGGGCCGCUUGGCUCCCCCGGCAUCGGUGGAGGAGAGCAGCAGCAACAGUCACAAGUUCAACAAGUACAGCAGCAGCAGAUGUUGCAAGAUGCUAAUAGCCCAACACCUUCCUCCUCACUCUUUCAUGGGAUGCAGCAAAAUCUUCUAAAUUCAGUUCAAUUGCCUGCUGAGGCGUAUUGGGGAACAGCUCGUCCUCCUUAUUGAAGUCCAUUAUCAUCGUCAUCAUCAUCAAUCACUGUGUUUUGAUUUUAGUUUGAACCUCACUCCUUAUCCUUCUUAUCUUUCAAAUUAAACAGCCUUUUGUUUUCUUCUAUAAAGAUUAGUGUGCAUUUGAUUACUUAGUUGAAAUGUGUUAAUUGUUCGUGAUGGGGAGUUUGAUAUCUGAAGAAGCUAGCUAGCCGGAUGUACAAAAGAGAUCAUGAGUUUUGGUGGGUUUGGUUUUACUGGAUGGAUCAUGAAAGUUUACUUUGAAUUCACCUCAAAGUGAUAUUGUAGCUUAGACAUGAAGCAGCAGUUUCAACAAGUUUCACAGGUUGGCAUUUGAUUUCAGUACUAAUUUUCUGUCUCUCUUUCCGUUCCUUUCUUUCGUUGUACUUCUGCAUCUAAUGAACAGAAAAUCACAGGGCUUUAGUCUAUGUUACAACUUAUUACAAGACCCCUUAAUUAAAAGCAUUUUUGAUUAAUAAAUAGUUCUUACUUUCAGUUUUGUUAACAUUGUUACAAUUUCUUUUUAAUAGGUUAGUACACCUUGAUUUGCCACUUAUAUCUUCACAUUUGAUUUCAUUAGCUU